UUAUAGGUGAUAAAAUAAAUAGAGCUUAUUGAUAGACAUUAUUCUACUAUUAUUAGGUGAUCACGACAAUGGGUAAUGACGACAAUUAUAAUAAUGAUUUCAGCAAGACAAUUUUUGUUAUAAAAUUAUCAGUAAAUCAAGUGAAGUAAUAGUUUGAAGUGCUACUUAAUUCAACGAGAAACAAAUUUAUUAAUAAGUUAGAUUUUUUUUCAUGAAGAGUUGACAAUAGAAAACAUUUUUGUUUAUUAAAAUUUGCUCUGAAAAUAAUGAUGAAUCACACUGAAUAUGAAACAAGUGUUCGUCUACUAAUAACAGAAAAAAUUUUCUCUUUACUGUACAAAAAAUUUUACAAUGAAAAUGGUAAAAAAAUAUUAAUUACAUAUUUUAAUGAUCCUACAUUGAUGAAUCAUGAGAAUGCAAACUCCAAUCAGGGAUAUCGUAUCACUGAUAAUGUGUUUCAAUAUAAACAAUGUUCACACAGAAUAAAUCUAUUGAAGAUUUUAAUAAACAAAAAUAAUGAUGAUGUCAAUGAUCAUGCUAAAAAGAAAAAUAAAAUAAUGUUCAUACCAUAUUCACGCACCACUGCAACAGAGAAUAUCGCUGAACUGACACGAAAAUUCAACACCAUACGAGAUAUUACAGUACGAUUUAUUAUUUAUCAACAGGAUAACAUACGAAUAAGUUUAGAAAAAAAAUCAGAAGGUCAUCAUGGUGGAUCUUUUUACUUUACUGCUGAAAUUGAAUAUGGAACAGAUUAUUCCUUGAUGAAUUAUAAACAAUUAACAGACAGAGAAAAUUUUUUUUGGGAUUUAUUAUCUACUACUUAUUUAUCUGAAUUUUAUCAUUUAAUUGAUUCUAAUUCAAUGUACAAUUAUAUCCAGCUUACUCAACUAUUACAUAUACCUUGUCGCAAGUUUUCAUCAUUCUAUGAAUACUCUUGUAACAUGUCCAACUAUAAGUUAAAGUAUAAAUUUGAUGGAUACAAAGGUCGUAUGAUUAACAAUAAUGUCCAGCCUAAUUCUAUUUUUUAUUGGGAUGAUAUGCACAACACAGGUAAAAUAGAGUCACCACUUCUAAAUGAUUUUCCUCACAUUAUUUUUCAAUAUGAAGUGAUUGCUAGCAAACGAUGGAUCAUUUUUACUGAUGUCAUUGGAGCUGUAGUUAACAAACAGCUAUAUAUGCCAGAACCAAAUGAUGUUUUAGCUUUAUUCGCUCAAUUUCCACGUCAAGGUGUGAAUACUCCUCUAUUAGCUGAUGACUAUCCUCAUCGAACCCUGCUUUUUGAUCCACUCAAUGUCAAUCUCAAUCAGAAUGGUACCGAUAAUGAAUUCACUAUUGGAGUACAGUUUGUUAUUACUGACAACAAUGGUAGUUGUUUGCUAGCACCACCAUUAUCUAAUACUGAUGGAUUCAUUGUUGUCUGCAAUAAUCGCGAAUAUAAAUUUAAAAUUCCAACACUUGAUGUUCGAAUUCGUAACGAAUUAGCUUAUUUGGAUCAAUCACCAAUGCCAAUAUUUAAUACUAAAUUACUUUCAACAUUUUUACUUAAUCCAAAUUCUGUCUAUGAAAUUACACUUAGGAAAAAUCAAGUCAUUAUUUUGCGAGAACGAUUUGAGAGACAAUUUACAUCGAAUUUGGAUGAGUUUGAUAAUUUUAAAAAGGAGUUAGCAUUUAUGUCUCGACAGUUACAAUUAAUUAAUUAACAAUUGUUUAAUAAACUAAAUAAAAUUAAUUUAAUUAACUCAGAGCAGUCAAAUCCUUUCAUAUUUAAUGCUAUUGUUUGAAUAUUUUUUUAUCUUUCCAUUGGGAAAUUAUUGUA